AUGUUGGAAGGCACAAAUAAAAUGGGGGAAGAUUCCAGGUCUAGGUCGCGAAGUCCACGUCGACGUAGAAUGGCAGCGGGUGACAAGAGCGGUAACUCUGAUAAAAUGGUGUAUAUCAGCAAUAUUCCGUAUGACAUCACCUGGAUGGAACUGAAAGAUAUGGUGCGAGAAAAGGCGGGCGACGUCGCAUUCGUCGAAAUGAUUGAAACGGCUGGAGGAAAAUCUAAGGGAUGUGCGGUUGUAGAGUUUAAAGACAGCGAGAGCGCAAAAAAAUGCGUGGAGCAGAUGCAUCGCAUGCAGGUGAAGGAUCGUUUCAUCGUGGUUAAAGAAAUCAGAGACCCUGACAGGUUUUUCAAGAAGGUUAAUGACGAAACCGGCAUCGAUCUUCUCUCAAAUAGAAGCGGCCCAAGGAGUUUACUGGACACGAGUAUAAAUCCUGUUGUUAACAUGGACGCUGGACCGAAGUCGUUUCCGACUUACGGCCUGAGCGCCCAGUUUCUAAGGCAACUUGGAAUCGACGGCCCUAUGUGCAAUCGUGUAUUCGUGGCUAAUUUUCCGUUUCAUGUUGGCCCUUCGAAAUUAAAAGAAGUGUUUGGCUUAUCUGGUCAAGUGGUGGACGUCGAUCUGCAGUUGGACAGUGACGGCCGGAACAAAGGUAUGGCUGUGAUUGAGUAUUCUCACCCGAUCGAAGCAGUACAAGCUAUUUCGAUGUUUCACAACCACAAAUACUAUGAUCGGAUUCUCACCGUCAAAAUGGAUCGCUUCGAAAAAGAGGAGGAGCCUCUUAGACCUGGAGAACUUCCGUCCGGUCUUAGAAGCAUUGGGAUGGGUUUCGGUCGCAACGGAAUGCCACUGACUAACGUCAAGCAGUUAUUAGUUUCAGGCGGCACCGUUUCGAGUGGGAGUCCGUUGUAUGCAUCUGCGGUUGUACGGAGCAACAUGAGAGGUAACCAGCCAGUUGGUAAUUCAAGCUUUUUGAGUCGUGGCGGUAGCAUGUCGUCGAAUUAUCCGUUAUCCCAACCAAACCUGAUGAGCAACUAUCCGCAAGUCCAGGUAACCGGAUACUCUGCAAACAUGAAUGCCCCUGUUCCACAGUAUGGCAGCAAUCCUUCCUGUACUAUGGAGGCAUCUUUAGCCGGUACUCCAAUUUCGGGCCCUUAUCCCGGCAGCUUUGGUUACAACUCUGGUAUGAAUAUGAACGGAAACUACAGGAAUAUACCGUCACUAUUAAACAAUGUCACGGAUUUUAAUCGUCAGCCAUAUGAUGAGAAUGUUUCUCCAAUGAAAUAUGGCGUCCGCAGUGCUCGAUAUAUCGUCAUUCGUAACCUACCUUCAAGCUACACAUGGCAAACAUUACGUGACCGUUUGAGAGGCUUUGGAGAUAUAGAGUUUGCAGACAUCGUUCAGCCGGGAGUUGGAAAAGUUCGCUUCAAGACUGCCAUGGAUGCGGAAAAGGCGGCCAUAGCGAUGAAUGGGAUUCUCGUCGAAGGUCGACCGAUAGCCGUAGACUUGGCAAUUACUGACUGA